AUGAUCGCUUUCUCCAGAAGAUGGAGCAACGAACAUCGCUUCCGGACCAGCUCAGGUGGCGCAGCUGCUCUGCGCACGCAACCUCAUGAAGCGGCCAUCUCUUGCGUCGACAUCGCGACAAAUGCGCUAGGCGGCUGGGUAUCGAUCGUAAUGGUUGUUGUUGUUUUGUUUUUUUACCUUAAGCUGAAUCAGCCAAGACGUCAAUCGAUCCGACCAGAUGACAGUCAGUUUUGGAUCCUUGCGAAGAACAGACACCGUCUUCCAGUGGGUGAGGCUGGAGACUGCUCGAGGCACCAAGAGGAGAGCCAAAGUACACUGCACCAUCAUGGACAACAGAUCGAGGAAAAGUAG